GCAUGGCGUCCCCGCCCCAGAUCCCGGAGGCCGACGAGAAGUCCCCGGAGUCCAAAGACCUGCUGGCCAGCCAGACGGCCAGCUCCCUGUGCCCCAGCUCCCGCAGCGGGUCGGUGUGGACCACCGCUCCCAGGAGCAACUGGGAGAUCUACCGCAAGCCCAUCGCGGUCGUGUCCGUGGGCAGCGCCGUGCUGCUGCUGGGCAUCGUCCUCACCGCCCUGGCCUACGCCCUGCAGCUGCCCGCCGAGCAGGAGAAGGGCUUCCGGCUGAGCGGGCCGGCCUUCCUCUCCGUGGGCCUCAUGCUGCUCGUCUGCGGCCUGGUCUGGGUGCCCAUUGUCAAGAAGAAGCAGAAGCAGCGGCAGAAGUCCGUCUUCUUCCAGAGCCUCAAGGCCUUCUUCCUCAACCGCUGAGGCGCGGGGGGCCGCUUGCGGUGCCCCCCGGCCGCUCUCUUCGGUGCCGGGCCGGUCCGGGGCGACGGGAGAGCGGGCGCGGGCUCGGACGACCGAUCGAUCAAUCAAUCGUAUUUAUCGAGCGCUUACUAUGUGCAGAGCACCGCACUAAGCGCCUGGGAAG